AUGGGAAUUCCAGAGAGGCUAGACUCCCGAAAUCCUGCAUCCCAAAAACUUUCCAGCAUUCUCAGUUUGGAUCUCGAGGCGAGCGGAUCGAAAGUAAGCGGAUCGAAGGACCAAAUAAGUGAACGAUUCCAUCAGAAAUGAGUGGUGACCCAUCUGCCGGCAUGGACUUCUCGCAGAAGACGCUGCAGGACUACGAGGUGCUGGCCGUGAUGGGCAACGGCUCCUUUGGCACCUGCUACAAGGUGCGGGACAAGAGCACCGGCGAGCUGUUCGCCUGGAAGGGCAUGAACUACGACGAGCUGGACGAGGCCAAGUGCGAGGCUCUGGUCUCCGAGAUCAGCGUUCUGCGGCAGCUGCAGCAUCCGAAUAUCGUUCAGUACUACCAUCACCUGGUCAACCGGGAGGCCAAGUCGGUGUACAUCGUGAUGGAGUGCUGUGCCGGCGGCGAUCUGGCCCAGAUUGUCCAGCGGGCGCGGGCGCACCGGCAACGCUUCGAGGAGCCCUACAUCUGGCGGGUGCUCUUCCAGCUUUGCCGCGCCCUCCAGGUGUGCCAUAAUAAGAUACCCAACGGCACCAUCCUGCAUCGCGACAUCAAGCCGGCGAAUAUCUUUCUGGAUGCGGCCGGAAAUGCCAAGCUGGGUGACUUCGGUUUGGCCAGAAUGCUGCGCAGGGAUCAGAGCUUUGCCGCCUCCUUUGUGGGCACGCCGCACUACAUGAGUCCCGAGCUGGUGAGGGGCAGGAAGUACGACCGGAAGAGCGACGUCUGGGCGGUGGGCUGCCUGGUGUACGAGAUGUGCGCCCUGCGACCGCCGUUCCGCGGCCGAGCCUUCGACCAGCUGUCCGAGAAGAUCGCCCAGGGCGAGUUCAGCCGCAUUCCGGCGGUCUACAGUGCCGAUCUGCAGGAGAUCAUCGCCUUCAUGCUGGCCGUGGAUCAUGAACAGCGUCCCGGCAUCGAGGUCAUCAUCCGGCAUCCGCUGGUGGUGCGCAACAUCAGCGAGCUGGAUGGUCAGUUCCCCAGCCUCAUAGAGGCUGGUGAGGAUUUCUACACCCUGCCUACGGGCGGCAGACUCUUCGGCGAGGAGGAGGAGGCGGAGGAGCCGGAGCCUGAGCUUUCCAGCACCCUGUUCACCGAACAGUAUAGCUUCAACGAGGGCUAUGGCCAGCGGAGGCUCAGUGUGACGGGCGUCUUCACCCCGGACUUGAGAACGGAGCUCUUCUACUCGGCCAAGCGAAAGAUCUUUCCCGCCAAGAAGCUGCAGCUAUCGGAUCCCGCCCUGUACGAGAGUAUAAGGAGGGAGGAGCAGGUGGAGCUGGAGCAGGAGGAGCGGCGUCGCAAGAAGCAGGAGCAGGAGAAGGAUCCCAAGGAGCUCACCCAGAACAUUUUCGAUGAGGUGCUGAAGACGCGCCUGCAUGCCAUACGCGCCCAGGAGUCGCUGCUGCAGCAGAGGCUGGAGGAGCUGCAGGCGAGGGAGCAGCAGCUGCAGCUCGCGGAGCAGCGCGUCCAGUCGCUGGAGCGGCAGCUGCAGGAGAAGAUCCAGGAGAGGCACUCGUGCAGCUGCCGGCAGCCAAUGGCGCCGCCGAUUCCGCCAAGGAAGCCGGUGAAGUCGCAACACGAUGAUACCUACUGCACCAUUGAACUUAAUGAAACCUCUCCUACGGUGGCCAAGCUCAAUUUGGCCGCUCUGCCGGCUCCCAAGUCGCUGGGCAGCCUGCGCAAGGUCACCUUCCAGUCGCCCCAAAAGUUCGUGACCUACGGGAUCGAGAAUAUGCCUCCCCCGGUGGUGAAUCAGGUGGUAAAUCCAGCUCCUCCAGCCGCUCCCAUGCAGAUGAGCGUGUCCAGCAAUGAUUCAGGGGACAGCCAGGCCUCCUCCACGCGCCGCAAGUCCAUCCUCUCGCUCUUCGGCCUGAGUCGCGGCUCCAAGGCGGCCUCCAAAUCCCUGCCAGCGGUUAAUCAGGCACCUCCGGCAGCUCCAACGCGAGUGCAAAGACCUCCGCUGGCCGUGAAGCCACCAGUUAGCCAGGAGCAGCCGGCUGCAGCUCCUCCGGUGGCCAAUCUCUGGACCAAGGAGCAGAAGAAACAGGCCUUCGAACUCCUGGCGGCCAUGAAUGCGGCGGAGAGGGAGGCGGGCGGAGGAGGAGGAGGAGCCGGAGGAGGAGCACGUCGCCAGCAUCUGCGGCAGUCGGUGAGGGAGCGCAACUCGACGCUCCAGCGGAAUCGCAUGCGGCGAUCUCUGGUGGUGCCCAGCGGCGGCCAUCAGAAGCUAUCAACGCGCGACCAGAUGGUGAUCUGAUCGAUCCGAGGCAUUGUCCAGGAGUCCAGGAGCCCAGGAGCCAUGGCAACCAUGGAAACUACGAGCGUUGUGAUGUGGAAUAAGUUCCGUAAUAUAUAUGUAUUCCUUUUUUUAUACACCACUUUUUUUUUUGCCAUAUUUUCGUAUUAUUAGCUGUAAGAUUUUUGCC